AUGAACUUGACACGUACAUCUUCAAGUCCUCAUGACGCACCUGGUCUACUCUACGCUGGGUUUAACCAAGACUUUGGCUGCUUUGCUAUUGGUCUCGACAAAGGAUUCCGUGUUUAUAACUGCGAUCCUCUCAUUGAGCAAGCCCGUAAUGUAGAGACGGGUGAUGGCGGGGUUGCGUUAGUUGAGAUGCUAUAUCGGACGAAUUACCUAGCACUUGUUGGAGGAGGACGAAACCCUCGCUAUCCUCCUAACAAAGUUGUGAUCUGGGAUAGUAUCAAGGGAAAGCCGGUAGUCGAAUUGGAAUACAAGAGCGAAGUAAAGAAUGCAAAGCUGCGAAGAGAGAGAUUGACAGUCGUCCUGGCAAACAAGGUGUUUGUUUAUCAUUUCAGUAUUCAUCCUCAACUCCUGCAUACAUUUGAGACAGCAGAUAACGAGAAGGGUCUUGCAGCCGUAUCCGCGUCUCAAAACCACGCGGUCCUGGUGAUCCCUGGACAGCAAAGAGGACAUCUCAAGAUUAUCGACCUUGAUUCACUCGAUUUCAGCAGACCAUUAUCAUCAACAGACGAUCCAUAUCGCUCUAAUUUAGCACAUUCAGGCAAAUUAAGCUGUAUAGCACUUAACCAUGAUGGCUCUAAAUGUGCUACGGCUAGCGAUAAAGGCACUCUUAUUCGAGUAUUUAAUACUGCCACGGCAACUCUCUUGAAUGAGCUCAGAAGAGGCAUGGAUCGGGCAGAGAUAUUCUCCAUAGCAUUCAACCAAGAAUCUACCCGCCUGUGUGUGUCUUCGGACAAGGGUACCAUUCACGUCUUUAACCUUGAUCCUUCAGUUGUAACCAUGUGCGAUCACAGACCACGCGGGCCCACCUAUGGCGAAGUUGUCAUCAACCCUUCCCAAUCACCUUCUCACUUUGGUCUCACUCACUCUGGAAAUCGAGGAAGUAGUCUAAGCUUUAUGAAGGAUCUCCUUCCAAAAUACUUUAGUAGUGAAUGGAGUUUUGCUCAUGCCAAAAUAGUUACCGAGAGCCGAUGUAUUGUAGCAUUUGGAGACCAGAAGAACACUAUUCUUGCAAUCUGUGCUGAUGGAAGCUGUUAUAAGUUCUAUUUCGAUCCACGGAAAGGUGGCGAAUGUACUCGAGAUACUUACGAACGAUUCCUAAAGGCAGAAUAA